UUGGCCACAUAAACAUGAGGAUACCGUCACAUUAGUGCGCAGCAACUCCGACGGCAAGUCUUCCCACGAUCACCCCCACGCAAGAGUCAGCUUGUCCCCCCUCCCCUCCCUCCCUCCCCGCGACACUCCCGGUGCCCAGUCGAACCUGUAUGGCCCCAUCGACCGCCAUGUCAGCUCUGACCGCUGCUUUGAAAAGUGAAGAUCUCCCUCCUCGCUCGGUUCUCGUCGGCAGAGGCGACAUGCAGACCAGCCUGAGCCCCGCGGAGGAGACCGGGAAGCCAAAAGUGGCGAUUCUGCCCUUCAGCGUCGAGGCGCUCAUGGCUGACAGGAAGCCCAGCAGAGAGGUGCCAUCUCCGGAUGCCCAGUCCGUGGCCGGGACGUCCCAGGCGCUGGGAAAAGGCGCACGGAUGGGCUCGUUCGGCAGCCUGGAUGCAGCGGCUCCUGCUUUACCCAUGAGCUCCGCGUAUUCAGUGGGCGAGCUCAUGAACAUGCCAGAAGACGUGCUGAUUAAACCCGAGAGCCCGGACAGUAAAGAGAGGAGUUCGUGGAUACAGAGUCCUCGUUUUUCUCCAACACCUCCAAGAAGGUUAAGUCCUCCUGCCUGUCCACUGAGGAAACACAAGACGAACAGAAAGCCCCGGACUCCCUUCACCACGUCCCAGCUGCUCGCCCUGGAGAGAAAGUUCCGCCAGAAGCAGUACCUUUCCAUCGCCGAGCGCGCAGAGUUCUCCAGUUCUCUCAACCUGACGGAGACUCAGGUUAAAAUCUGGUUUCAGAACAGGAGAGCCAAGGCCAAGCGGCUGCAGGAGGCAGAACUUGAGAAACUGAAAAUGGCAGCUAAGCCCAUGCUGCCUCCGGCUUUCGGGAUUUCCUUUCCCCUCGGUGCGCACGUCCCUGCGUCCUACGCUGGGUCGCACCCGUUCCAGAGGCACUCGCUGCCGGUUUCUCCCGUGGGACUGUACGCGGCUCACGUCGGAUACAGUAUGUACCACCUGGCUUGACAGGGGCAGAGGACGACGCGCAGUGGGACGCAAAGGGGGUUAAGACAACUCAGAGAGAGAGAAGAGGCCCUUUGGACCGCUGAGGACACUGGACUAAAUAAAGAAGCAUCCUGGUGGUAAAGUCAGUGUCAAUCUAGCCAAAGGGGGCCGAGGCCUCCUAACAGACCCCUUCUGAGGACCUCGAGGUUUAUCCACUUCUGUUUACCUCGCAUGUAAGUUCACACACUGCAAAAAUAAUCCAGCUUCGUUGGUCAUUUAAGUCUUCCAUUUAUUUUUUCUCGGUAGACAUUAAAAAAGAAAAAUCUCCUUUUAGAGAAACGAGAUGAGACUAAAUGACUUUAAGAUGGACAUUUUUUGCGGUGCAGAGGUGGAAAACAACUUGCAGUCGUUUGUUUUGUCAUGAAUGGACAGUCAGUAUUCUGUCCAAACACAGCCAGGUGAAAGGUUAAAGGGCUGCUGAUCAGACUGUUGCGCAGCUUGAUGACAAACUUCAGUGUGCUGCUGUCACACUGCAGACUACGUACUUUUUUCAUUUUUUUUGCAUUCAUAUCAAUGCGUAACUAACAGUGGGUUACUGAAUUCAGUGUCAAUGAGUGCUCUUUGUGAAUUUGGAGAACCACAGCAUUUGUUUUUGUUUUUUUCUAUAACAGCACUGUCUGUUGUCGGAUUGCUUCCCUUCGGAAGGGAUAUGUGUACUGUAAAAUAAUGUAUAUUUGAAGAAUAUCCUCAUUUAUAUUAUGAAUAUAUUUGUGACAUAACUUAACAAUAAAUUGUUUAUUCUUUUUCAUUAA